AAUCGGGAUGGGAGUUUCGUUCGCUGUGAAUAUGCAAAGCCACCAGCCGUCCGUGACGCUCUUCAUGUGCUCGUUUCGGGUAGUUUACGAUUUUUGUAUCCAUCAGCGUCUCAAUGCAAAUAAGCAGCCGAAGCGAGUGUUUUCAUGUUGUGUGACUGUCUGAGUGAAACUGCAGCACGGACUCCAGUGUGUUACAUGAUUGUAGGUGCUGAAAUCAAACCUGCUGCGUAAAUCUACACCGAGAGACACGCUGUAUUGUGUCAUAUGAAGAAAACCAGAUGAUCUUUGCCAGGGAAAGGUAUCCAGUAUCAGUUGUCGUAACCACAUCCUAGAGCCCUGUUUGAAGGAUCCAUUGGAGACCACCCUGAUCGAAGACAAUUUCUCAUUCAUUCUGUAGUCUUGUAUGCAUGUGAGAGGAUGCAUAAGACUGUCGAGGGGUCUGAUCAAAGCAUGCACUGACCCGAGACGCCGGUCAACAGACAGGUAUCCAUGAGGACCAUCUGACAGAACAGGAAGGGGAUGGAAGCAGUUGAUCGUAGCGGUAUACCUUACACACUAUGGGUGUGGCGGAUCCCUGCGUAGAGAAGAAACCCUUGUGCUCGUGUUCGGCUUCUCACUCCUCUCAGUUCUGCCAUUCAAACAUGGGGCACAUUGUGGAUUUUCCUUUCCGAGGGAUGUGGCUCUUCGGUGCUCUGCUGGUCUUAUCCCUGUUCACGAGCAGCCUUGGCAUCCACAUGGACUCGGCGGGGGGCAGUCACAGCAUGUUCACCUGCGAGUCGAUCGGUCUGCGUAUGUGCCAGGAUCUACCCUACAACACCACCUUCAUGCCCAACCUCCUGAACCACUACGACCAGCAGACGGCUGCUCUGGCCAUGGAGCCCUUCCACCCCAUGGUGAACCUGCAGUGCUCUCCAGACCUCCGGCCGUUCCUGUGUGCCCUGUAUGCCCCCGUGUGUAUGGAGUACGGACGGGUGUCUUUGCCCUGCCGGAGCUUGUGUAACCAUGCCAAGAGAGACUGCCAGAAGCUCAUGGAUAUGUUUGGAGUCACCUGGCCAGAGGAGAUGGAGUGCAGCAGGUUUCCAGACUGUGAUGAGUCUUACCCUCGUGCUGUGGAUCUCCUCGUGAACGAGGACCCCACUGACCAGUCGCCCAUGUCCGUUCAGCGUGACUAUGGUUUCUGGUGCCCCCGCGAGCUCAAAGUGGAACCUGAGCUCGGCUACACGUUUCUAGGUGUGCGAGACUGCUCCCCUCCCUGUCCCAACAUGUAUUUCCGGCGUGAAGAGCUCACCUUCGCCCGCUACUUUAUUGGCGUCGUCUCCAUCGUCUGCCUCUCCGCUACCCUCUUCACCUUCCUCACCUUCCUCAUCGACGUUACACGCUUCCGCUACCCGGAGCGGCCCAUCAUCUUCUACGCAGUCUGCUACAUGAUGGUGUCAUUGGUGUUUUUCCUAGGCUUCCUGUUGGAGGACCGUGUGGCGUGUAACGCGGCCAAUCCCGCCCAGUACAAAACAUCCACAGUGACUCAAGGCUCGCAUAACAAGGCCUGCACACUGCUUUUUAUGGUGUUAUACUUCUUUACCAUGGCAGGCAGUGUGUGGUGGGUCAUUCUUACCAUAACCUGGUUCUUGGCCGCUGUGCCCAAAUGGGGCAGCGAAGCCAUUGAGAAGAAGGCCUUACUCUUCCACGCCAGUGCGUGGGGAAUACCUGGCAUGCUAACCAUAACCCUGCUGGCUCUGAAUAAAAUUGAGGGCGAUAACAUCAGCGGUGUGUGUUUUGUGGGCCUGUACGACGUUCACACUCUUCGCUGGUUUGUGCUGGCGCCGCUGUGUCUGGAUGUCCUGGUGGGAGUGUCGCUGCUGCUGGCCGGGAUCGUAGCGCUCAACAGAGUCCGAAUGGAGAUUCCCCUGGAGAAGGAGAAUCAGGACAAGCUGGUGAAGUUUAUGAUCCGGAUCGGCGUGUUCUCAGUGCUCUAUCUGGUGCCGCUGCUGACUGUGGUGGGGUGUUACCUGUACGAGCAGAUGUACCGCUCAGUUUGGGAGAUCACAUGGGUGCAGGAGCGCUGCAGAGAGUACCACAUACCCUGCCCUUUCCAGGUGGAGCAAACCAGCAGGCCUGACCUCGUCCUGUUUUUGAUGAAGUACCUGAUGGUGCUGGUUGUUGGGAUCCCGUCAGUGUUCUGGGUGGGCAGUAAGAAGACCUGUUUUGAGUGGGCCAGCUUCUUCCACGGGCGUAGGCGUAAAGACAGCGGCGCAGUGAAUGAAAGCCGGCAGGUUCUGCAGGAGCCCGACUUUGCUCAGUCUCUGCUGCGUGACCCCAACACACCCAUCAUCCGCAAGUCCCGCGGUACCUCCACACAGGGCACGUCCACCCACGCCUCCUCCACACACCUGGCCAUGCUGGACGACGUGCGGAGCAAAGCCAGCAGCGUCCACAGCAAGAUGAGCAGCUACCAUGGCAGCCUGCACCGCUCCAGAGAUGACAGGAUUACCCCCUCCAGCCACAGAGGCAUGGAGGAACGCCCGGUAUAUGGGAGCAUGCCACGACUCAACGAGCAGCUGUCCCAUCACGGAAGCCUUCAUCGCCUCGACAGCCAAUCCAGACACAGCAGCGCGCGUGACCUGAGCAACGCACCGGCCACUAGCAUAACACACGGAUCCAGUAUGAACCGCGUGGUGGAGGAAGACGGGGCAAGUGCGUAACCCAGAGACUUAUCCUCAGCUCAGAGCCUCCAUCUGAAACGAGAGCCGUAUCUUUUGGCACGGGAGAGUCCCUGUCCUGUAGGAGCCUGGGAAGCCGUUAACGGACAGACAUGUGCUUUGGCAGCAGCAGGGAAAUCAGAAACUUGAUGCAUGCAUGUUGACAGAGCUGUCCUCAGGAUCUGGCCCAUUAGCGGUGCACCUGAGUAACAAGAUAUGUUUUCUUUGAUACUGUGAAGUUCUGUUGGAUGAAGUUUACUGCAUGUUCUGCAGUGUCAGGAUGAAGCAGGACUGGCCGCAGCUGUCUGAGGGGAGAUUUUUCCCAUUACAUCCAUCGCACAACCCUGUUUAAAGAGUUAAUGGAUCAUCGAUGCUUGAAGACUGAUGACUGUCCCAUUAGAUAUCAGGUUUCAGACCCUUGACGGUUCAAAGAGAGGGAGUAUCAGUGGUUUUGUGCCUCUGGCAAGCUGUAUUUUGUUUCUCGCGUUAGUUUGGUUGAGAAGGCGGACUGAUCGCAUGGAGAAACAAUGUACCAGAAUCCUCACCAACACCUGUUUGUGCUUUGUCCAGCUACUUGAUGGCUGCCUACCUCAUUACAUUGGAUCGCCUGAACCUGCAUUUCCUUAUUACACUUGAUAUUGUUUCACUUGCCACAUUACAGAAUUAAAAUGGGUUGAAAACGGCGUUUCAUUAUAAAUCUGUUUUUCCAACUAUGUGUACAAGAGUCUUAAGCUUUGUAAAUGGUGCUUCUUUCUGAUGUUGCUUCAUGAAUAUUUCAGCAGGCCAUUUCCACAUGCGCUAUACUCUGUCCAGAGCUCAUGCAAAGGCCAUUUGAAAUGCACACAAUGUGUUUUAUAAAAAUGUGCUGUUGAAUUUGUAGGCGUUCAUGCGCUGUUUCACGACACGCUUUAAAAGUGAAGUUCUGAGUGUUUUUGUUUACGUGUUGGAUGAGAUUACAGUGGUACUCAGUGCCUAAACAUGUGACUUUGGACCUGAGCUUUGUAAAAGCUGUUUUUUUUUUUCUGAUCGCUAUUACUAUAUGCUGUAGCUUUGCCUUCGGUUUCCCAAUUACACUUGAUCUUCAUGCUUGAUUCUUCUGUCUACUAAUGAGGAACAAUACAGCACUUUAUCUGUGGCUAUCUGUUGAAUGUGUAGAGACAUUAAAUCCAGUCAUAGCAUCAUUCAAGAUUUCAAAUAAAGCUUUUGUAAAAAAAAAAAA